CCCGGCUUCUCCGCUGAGCGUCAGUGCCAUGACAACAGGACGAUGGCUGCAAGCAAGAGGGUUAGAAAUGUGAUGUUUGUGUGAGCGAGGAGAAACAAACCAUCGGCUCUUACGGACCGGCUCGUGCACGUGAAGAGGCAGCAUGUCUCUGUUCAAGGCCCGUGACUGGUGGUCGGCAGCGCUCGGCGAGGGCGAGGAGUUUGACCAAGGAUGCCUGUGUGUCGGAGACGUGGACAACAGUGGCACCGGACACGACAAGGUGGUGGUGGGCAGCUACAUGGGGAUGCUGCGGGUAUUCUCCCCACAUGCCAAUACCACCAGCGAGGGAGGUGUGGCUGACGCCCUGCUUCUGGAAGUCCAGCUUCAAAACGCCAUCAUCCAGGUGGAAGUGGGCAAGUUUGUGUCGUGUUCAGAUCUUCUUCACCUGGCGGUCCUUCACCCCAGGAAGUGUUCAGUCUUCUCUGUUUCAGGCACUGCGGGGAACGUGGAGCACGGUGACCAGUACCAGCUGAAGAUGGUGUAUGAACACAAUCUGAAGAGAACCGUCUGCAACAUGACCUACGGCCCCUUCGGGGGGGUCACAGCCACUCAGUGUAAACACGGCGCGGUGUACGACACCUGCGGCCCGGGCUGCACCAAAACCUGCGACAACUGGAAUGAGAUCGGCCCGUGCCACAAGCCCUGCGUGGCCGGCUGCCACUGCCCCGCCAACCUGGUGCUGUUCCAGGGACGCUGCAUCAAACCCACAUCCUGCCCCGGCCGGUGA